AUGGGAAGUGGAACAAGGCCCUUUACCUUGUCUUCAUGGGUCUUAGUUGUAGCCUUUUUAGGUAUUAACUUAUUAUCCAGUGAAAUUUGUAGCGCUAAAGAUAACUACAGGUGUGCUCCUUCUUCCUGCGGCAUCAUCCACAACAUAAGCUACCCUUUUCGACUGAACCGUGACCCAAAGCACUGCGGGGACUCGAGGUAUACGUUGCACUGCGACAACAACGUUACGGUAUUGCACCUACAUUCUGGAAAAUACUUGGUGCUGGCCCUCAACUACGAUGACAGAACGAUCCGAGUCGUAGAUCCUGGCCUUGAAAAGAACAAUUGCUCCUCCAUUCCUCGUUAUCCUGUAGCCAACUCUAACUUCAGUAUGGGGGAUCUGUAUGAUUCGUCAAGUCAGCCUGUAACUUUUAUCACGUGUGCAAAUCCAGUCAGUUCAUCUCUCUACGUAGUGACGGCUCCAUGCAUUAAUAAUCUGGGUAAGAUAGGUUAUGUCAAGGUUGGCAGUAUAACGACGUCGGAUUUGGAGGACGGGUGCAGUAUAGAGUGGACGACUAUGAUGAGUAAAUCCUUGUACAAGAAAAAUUACCAGAACUUUUCUUACAGAUACAUACACAACGCUUUGAUGUAUGGCUUUGAGCUUAAUUAUCAAACCUUAGGUUCUGCCUUUGUUGAAUGUAGCCCAAACCAAUGGACCCCACUUGGUAAUAAGUGUUAUACAGGUAAUUUUGUUUUGGAUCUAUUUCAGCAGAUUUACGAUUAUGAGGUGCAACACUUUAGCUCAGGUGAUCCAUGGACAGGAAUUGAUCUACUAAUAAUCAUUAUCUACGGUAAGAGCGUGUUUUAG